UAAGCAUCAUUACCUCGAGGAAGAUUCAUGCCGGAACUUGUGUAGAGGAAGGCGAGAUUGUUACUUAAUGAAUGAAACUAUACACCAGACUCUUGAUUUGUGUUUCCCAUUACAUGCCAGUGAAUCUGUUUGUGCAUCUGAUUCAAUAUAGACACUGAGAAUCCGACUCCUUUCCACCAAAUGACCAGCAGGAGUCCUCGUUUGCUUCGGAGCGGUUUCGAGUAUCUGCUUCAGCAUGUAACAAUAGUUAAUUCGUCUAGCAACUUCACUUCCCAUCCCUAUAGGUGUCAGCACACGUCACUGUUUUCGAAGUAAAGAGGUAACGAGCAAAGAGAGACAUGCUGCACAUCUGGUCUGGUGGCAGGACACUACGUAGAGGUUCCUGAACCCCCUGAACCCCCAGUCGCCGCUGCUGUGUUCCGCGGGAAGUAGGAGUGACGCCGCUGUUCCUGAUGGAAGAGAACACCUCUGACAGCACGACGGAGGCCAAGGAUCCGAUGGACUUCCCGUCUCUACUGAUAGACCAGGAUGCUGCUCUUAGCCCCGGCCACGCGGCGCCUCCCCCGACCACAGGCACGCCACCACGCAACGUCGCAUCUACUUCCCGCGAGAAUCCGGACGACUCGGCGGAGGCCAGAGAGAUCAAGGAGGGUGAAGAAAAGAAUAGUAAUGAGCCCACGACUGGGCCUUCAAGGAUGGUGACCCGUAGCCAGACUGCUGCCGUGCGACGACCGUCCUACUCUUUGUCUUCCCCUGACCUACAGAUAGACCACGGGCAACAUCAGGGCGGGUUCCAAGGGGACGAAGGGGGCCAGUCCCUCCCUAGUGGAUUAAUGGAUCUGUCUGAUGAGGACGAAUCACCAGAUUUGAAUGACCUGCCGUCGGGAAAAAGUUCUCCGCGCUGUGGCAUUGACCUGGGCUCUGUGUGCCCUCGGUGCGGCGCGGUACUGAUGACGGUGUCGAGCAGGAUCUCUCACAACGCUGCUCACGGCCAGCAGGGAGCUCACUGCCGCUACUGUAAGCAGGUGUUCAUCACCACGCACGGCCGCGACGCUCACCAAAACCUGCACGGCGACGCCCGCACCAUUGACGUGGAUGAUUACUGUGAGUGUGUUUUAUGCGGCGGUGCAUUCAUCAGCGUCAUGAACCUCGAGCUGCAUCUCUUCGAGCUGCACGGCCGCGAGGCUCUGCUCGACCCCGCCUCGUUCCGUAUGGGCAUCUCCAGCGGGGGCGAGGGUGACGGGGGGACAGACAACGGCUGGGCCCUCUACCACUGUGGUGUGUGUGGCCAUAAGUUCACGUACAGCUUUAAUCUUGACUGCCACAUGGUGUUGCACGCACGGCCUUCCUACUGCUGCGCGAUGUGUGACGCAUCGUUUUCCAGCUUCGACCCACUGAUAACUCACGUCCGUAUCCACCGCCAGCCCACCAUGCUCGCUCCGAUCAUCCACCUCGCCGCCUCAGGCCCCGCACGCCCUGCCACACAAACCUCUACACUCGUGACUGUUUCCCCUUCCAAAUUCAGUCUUACUGACUCUGCACGAAAGAACAACCAGACUCAAGGUUCGUUUAUGGCCCAGCCGCCUCAUGUGUUGGGGCUACAAAGGAGCCCAGUAGCUCCUGCAGUAGCUUCAAGUGCUCUGCUGAACCACUCCGCGGGUGUCGGAGUGCCAUCCACGCAAACAAUGCUCAACUAUCUGCUCUCCCAGCCACCAGAAAACAGGUCCGGUCCUUCCCAGCCGUCCCGCCGCGGGUACUUUGGCCUAAAGGUCAUGCACGACACACUGAAGGAGGAAAGGUGUCCUGCACAAGAUGACCGAAAUAAGCAACAGAGGGAUUACUAUUAUCGGUAGGAUGCCUGGCUUGUUGGUACACGGGCUUACCGCUGAAGGCUUCGGACGUUAUCAAUGCUUUUCUUACAAAUAUUCUUUACAGUAUAGGUAAGGAGCUGCUGCCGUGAAUGGGAUUAUGUUUGAAUAAUAGUUUUUCAUAUAUUGUUUUGCACGAAAAAUGUGUACAUGUUUCCAACGUUUGCACUCUUAGACUUGUUAUAUAUCUAAGUGUAUUGCAUUACACUUAAGUCUCAUUCGUUAUUACGUUCAAAAGGGUGAAAUGGCUACACGGUAAUAUACACUGUACAGGUUACGAAUACACUGUAUAGUAAUGUAAGUGUACCUACCUGUAAUAUUGGUUAUGACUUUUUUGUUUUAAAUUAAUACAAAAAUGUUGACUAAG